CGUGGUACGUGCUCCGCCCCUCCCCGCCCGAAGCCCGGAUGAAGAGUAACGCCAUUACCUCCGUAGCCGCCGACAGCACUAGUGGACGGGGCCUGGAUACCGGACCGGCCGCGCCAUGAGACUCCUCCCCCGCCUGCUUCUGCUUCUCCUGCUCGUGUUCCCCGCCACCCUCUGGCUCCAAGGCGGCCCCGGAGGCUCAGUAGCGGCGGCUCAAGAUCUUACAGAAGAUGAAGAAACAGUGGAAGAUUCAAUAAUUGAAGAUGAGGAUGAUGAAGCGGAGGUGGAAGAAGAUGAACCCACAGAUUUGGCAGAAGAUAAAGAGGAAGAAGAUGUAUCUGGUGAGCCUGAAGCUUCACCAAGUGCAGAUACAACUAUCCUAUUUGUGAAAGGAGAAGAUUUUCCAGCAAAUAACAUUGUGAAGUUCCUGGUAGGCUUUACAAACAAGGGUACAGAAGAUUUUAUUGUUGAAUCCCUAGAUGCCUCAUUUCGUUAUCCUCAGGACUACCAGUUUUAUAUCCAGAAUUUCACAGCUCUUCCUCUGAACACUGUAGUGCCACCCCAGAGACAGGCAACUUUUGAGUACUCCUUCAUUCCUGCAGAGCCCAUGGGUGGACGACCCUUUGGUCUAGUCAUCAAUCUGAACUACAAAGAUUUGAAUGGCAAUGUAUUCCAAGAUGCUGUCUUCAAUCAAACAGUUACAAUUAUUGAAAGAGAGGAUGGGCUAGAUGGAGAAACAAUCUUUAUGUAUAUGUUCCUUGCUGGUCUUGGGCUCUUGGUGGUUGUUGGCCUUCAUCAACUCCUCGAAUCUAGAAAGCGCAAGAGACCCAUACAGAAAGUAGAGAUGGGUACAUCAAGUCAGAAUGAUGUGGACAUGAGUUGGAUUCCUCAGGAAACUUUGAAUCAGAUCAAUAAAGCUUCACCAAGAAGGUUGCCCAGGAAACGGGCACAGAAGAGAUCAGUGGGAUCUGAUGAGUAAAUGUUCCUUUGUGCAACAAUUCAGUCUUUACUUAACCUGCCCUAAUAUUUUUCGGCCUGAUGGGAAUUAGUGCAGAGAAGCCAUAUCACCAUAGAAGGCAACUACUCCUUAUGUGUGGACUGAGCAAUCAGAGUCUGUGGCGAUAAUAUUGCUGAAAAUGCACUGCAUUCAUUUUUCUAAAGUAACAAAUUUGGUUUUUUUUUAAACCAUUAAAAUCUGUGUGUGCGUGUGUAUGUAUGUGAGCAGUUGGUCUUACCAGAAUCAUUGUUGAACUACCUGAAGCAUGCCUUUAGAAUACUAAAUAUAAUGGAGUUGUCUCUUCCUUUUAGACAUUUUUCCCCAAAACUCAAUGAAUAUUUGCCCAAUAUGAUUAUAGAUGUCCUGCCUUGAACUAUUUUAAAGAAAACAAUUUGUUUCUUCCUUAGAAUAGCUCAGGUUCCAGUUGAUGGCGCAGAUUAGCAUUUUGAUGUUAUUGUUGCUGUUUUAAAACUAGUAUUCUAAAGGCACAGGCAGGAGCAGCUGCUUUUUAGCAAUAGAAUUGAUUUGGUAUUUUGCUGCUGUUUACUGUAAUGCGCACCUUCAGAAAACUUCCCAAAUGAGUUCAAGGAAUUUGGGGAUCUCUGUAGCAAGAAAAUUGUGAAACAUGAAAAUUCUGCUGAUCUUGAUGUAUAAAACCAACCCCACUCCCUUUUUUAUCAAAAAGAAGGUGGUACAUUUAUGGGAACUGAGUUGUUUUGUCCAUCAUUGCUCUGUUUCUGACCCGAGGGAUAGCUCUGGAGAGAUUUUAGACCUACUGAGUUUUGUUUUAAGAUCAUUUUUCUCUCUUUAAUAGAAGCACCUUGCUUAAGAAAAGUUGCCUUGGUCUACAGACUAAGCAAAAGGUAAAUUUAUAGGGGCAGAGAUAUAUUUCAACUGAUCCUGAUCUGUAAAGAAAAAAAAGGGGAUAUUUUUACAAUGGUUAACCAAUUGUUUUUUUAUUUAAUCUGUUGGGGAUUUUGGUUGUUGAUAUAACCUUUUUAUAGUUAAUCUGAAGAAUCCAAAAUUUUAAGCACUUAAGAUCUGAGAACCAAAAUUAAAUUGGACUUCAUAGAAUUGGCUUAGAGACUUACUCUGGCCCUAGGUAGUAAAAGUUUGGCAUUAUUGUCAGACUGGAUGAAGGGUAAAGUAAAAUAGUAUGAACAAAUAAGAGGCUUUUCCCCCUCUGUCUUUAAGCCAUAUUCUCCUAUAUAUAUUUUGUAAGGAAAUGGUAAACGAAAUUUUGGUGGCUGUUUGAUUCCUGAUCUGUUUUCAUUAUAAUGAACUGAUCCCUCUUCAUUAUAGUUUACCCUACCCACACCAAAACAACAAAACAAAACACGCAAACAAAAAAUCUUUCCAAGUUGUUUAAGUAUUUAAACAUCUGAGCCAAAGCCAAUGACAGUAAAAUAGAAGUUAUUGUAUAGUUGUUAAUCGCUUUGCAAGUAGGGGCUAAGGUGUCAAAUUUAUAUUGGCAUUGCUGAACUAUAAACUUUCUAUGCCUGUAAUGUAAAGUGUUUGAGUUUUUAAUUGGGCUGUAUGAUCAGUAGUUUAUUUUGGAAAAGCUCUAUGAGCUCUAAGAAACUGCAUGGUUUUUUGUUUAAUGUAAUAUAGGAGGCCCUCCACCUUCUCAAGGAGUAUAUUCCAAACAUUUUUGUGAAUGUCCAAGUUUGUGAAACUACUAGAACAUAAUGCAAUGAGGUGUAAUUACAAAAUUUAAAUGACCUCUCGAGAGUUGUUUUGAAUACCUGGUGGUACUUAGCCAGUGGCAAAGCCACACUGAGUUAACAGGUGCCAGCCCUUCUGACUGCUAAGUAACUUGCCUUACAUACUAGUCCUUCGCUUUUGAGGUUCAAAUUAGUGCCUCAGAAAUUGUCAUGUUUUAUUUUUUUAGCAUAGAUUGGGGACACUUGAAAACUCUUAAAUCCUCAGAUGCCAGGGGUCUUCUAUAGUAUCAGUAAGUGUUUAGCAGAAACUAACUCCAUAAUGAAUGGAAUUCAAUUCCACACAUGGUUUGUUCAAGCACACUUAAUAAGUAGCCUGUUUUUUAAAUGUCUUUUUUAAAUGUAAAUAUUUGGAUGAAGUUUUUGUUUCUUUUGGUAUAUUCAUUUGCUACACCAACCAUGGUUUCAGAAUUCACCUUUUGAAUAGCUUGGUUUCAGAAUUUGUAAAAUGAGCUAAGAAUCUUGUGUAUCAAACCUGUCACUCAGAUGUGUGAGAAUAAUGUGUUUAUAAAGCAUGGAUCUUGCUUUG